AUGAAACACCACUACAACCCAUCCACCUACCUCUCCAUCCUCCCCUUCCUUUUCCCCCUCACCAUGGCGCACCCCCAACAGCCCCUCCCACAAAACCUUCUCACCACCACAACCUCAUCAGUCACCAAAGCCGGCAACCCCGUCUUCCCGGGCUGGUACGCCGACCCAGAAGCACGUCUCUUCAACGCCCAAUACUGGAUCUACCCAACCUACUCAGCCGACUACAGCGAACAAACCUUCUUCGACGCCUUCAGCUCCCCAGAUCUCCUCACUUGGACCAAACACCCCACCAUCCUAAACAUCACCAAUAUCCCUUGGUCGACGAACCGUGCCGCUUGGGCCCCGUCCGUGGGCCGGAAGCUCCGCUCUUCCGCCAGCGCAGCAGCAGCAGAAGAUGAAGAAUACGAUUAUUUCAUGUACUUCUCCGUUGGUGAUGGAACCGGUGUCGGUGUGGCGAAAUCAACCACAGGAAAACCGGAGGGUCCAUACGAAGACGUCCUCGGUGAACCACUCGUCAAUGGCACAGUGUAUGGGGCAGAGGCAAUCGAUGCGCAGAUUUUCCAGGAUGAUGAUGGCAGGAAUUGGUUGUAUUUUGGGGGGUGGAGUCAUGCGGUUGUUGUGGAGUUGGGGGAGGAUAUGGUGAGUUUGAAGGGGGAGUAUUUGGAGAUUACUCCGGAGGGGUAUGUUGAGGGGCCGUGGAUGUUGAAGAGAAAUGGGGUUUAUUAUUAUAUGUUUUCGGUUGGGGGGUAA